AUGGCUAGCAAGACUGCAAUUGUGACAGGUGCAAACACUGGAAUAGGCAAGGAGACAGCAUUAGAUUUUGCACAGAGAGGUGCCAGGGUCAUUUUGGCUUGCCGCAAUGAGGAGAAGGCCAAAGAUGCUGCAAGGGACAUUAUUGCUGAGACUGGAAGUGAUAAAGUUGUUGUCAGGAUUCUUGACUUGGCUUCUUUUAAGUCCGUCAGAGCUUUUGCUAAGCUCAUCAAUGAAACAGAAGAGAGGCUGGACAUUCUUGUACACAAUGCAGGGCUUUUUGAAUCUUACAAAGUGACAGAGGAUGGCUAUGAAAGUAGUUUUCAAGUGAACUACAUCAGCCAUUUUCUGCUCACUUUACUAGUGAUGGAGAAACUGAAGAAAUCAGCACCAAGUCGUAUUGUAAAUGUAUCAUCUAUUGGACAUGCCUCAAAAGGUGCAGCCUUCCAACUUGAUGACUUUAAACUUUCCAAAGACAAGUUUAAUGGAUUUGUUCGCUAUACUCAGGCAAAGUUAGCACAGGUUGUGUUUACCAAGGAGUUAAGCAAAAGAUUAGAAGGCACUGGAGUAACAGUAUAUGCCCUUCAUCCUGGUACUGUGAAGUCUGACAUCUGGCGAUACUGGCCAUUUUUGGAGAAACCCUAUAUGAAACCAUUAGUGCAGCUCGUGAUGUUCCUGCUUUUCAAAGAUUGCGAGCAGGGAGCACAGACAACAAUCUACUGUUCAGUCGCAGAAGAGCUGGAAGGUAUUUCAGGGCUUUACUACAGUGAUUGCCGAGUCAAGGAGUGCAAUCCACUUGCCAAAGAUCCCGGUUUGGGAAAGAAGUUGUGGGAUGUUAGCGAAAGGUUGACUGGAGAGAGCUGGACCAAUUAAAACUGAGAUAACAAUACAGUUUUAACAUAGUUAAAUUCCCAGUUUUUUCUUCUUGGCACAUUUUUUAAAGUACUUGUUUUAGAAAUCGAGAAAAUUCUUACCAGUACUCACUAUGUGGUCAGAAUGUAGCUUUGAUCCUGAGGUGCAAUAGCAGAUUAAUGAGAGACUCAUCAGCCUUUCGUGGUCAGCCCAAGGAGUAACUGCCUCCAAAUCCUGAUGUAGAGAUGGUGAUUACUUGAAUUGUUAGAAACUUGAAGUAUAUCUUAGUUUUAGUCAUUACGUUAAUAGCCCAUUUUAUUUAAGGCACUUUUAAGUAUCUUUGUAGUAUUAGCACAACAAUAUUCCGAGUUGUUGUGGUAUGGUGGAAACUCAAUCUUGUAUUUUAUUUGUUUCAAUUUAGUUAUUGCAAAAGAAAGAAAAAUGUGGCAAAGGUCCUGCUAUUUGCCUAUCCCUGAAGUAGCCAGCUGCUCACGGCAUCUUCAACUUUUCUGCGUCUUAUUACAGCAUACACAGGGAAGUUUGUAGAUGGGUCUGAAAGAUGUGAAAAAUAAACAUCCAUUCCCUGUAUAACUAGCUGAAGUUAAUUAUUUUCUGUCAUUAAUUUUAAUAUUUCAACAAGUCUUAAGGGAGCCUUCAUUUGUGCCUCUGUACCCACCCCACCCUGAGGAAAAAUGGGAGGGCUGCCUUUUUUCUGAUUUUCCUUUUUUUUGAGAGGGGGGGGGGGGUUCAGCUAAACAUAGACUACCUCAAAGAUGCUAUCAACCAGAUUGAUCACCAUUACCUACAGUUAAAACUUUAGCAGACAUCCUCGGGACUAUGAGUCUGCAGUAGGGAGUUUAAUGAAAAUGACCCAAUUUUUUUGUUGUAAAAAAUAUGGCCUGCCAUAUGAUGUAUACUGCUACCCUCUUAAGAUUUCCAGUGUGUUUUAAUUUCUAGUCCACAUUUACUGUGAUACAUAGUCAUACAACAUUACCUAGGGAGGGACUCCUGUGUGAAAAGGUCAAACUUAAUUUCAAGGUCAUUCAGUGUUAUUUCAUCAUGUAUGUGAUUUCACCAUCUGCUACUAGUAUGUGUUAUGUGGGAUCCAGGCAUUCUGUUUCAGAAAAACCAAAUAUCAAAUCCAGGAUUUGAAUAUCAUUUUCAUCACUAAUUUCCUGCUAACAAAACAAUGACAAAUGAAUCAAAGAAAACAAACUGAGGAAGACUUCUGUUUUUGUGGCAGCUCUGAAAAGAUCCGUUUUCAACAGCUCCACAAAGAGCUGUUCUAAAUUUUCCUUGAAGUUUUUCUACGGGGGAGAAAGACCCUAUUUAUAAGUUUCUGAUUUUACUAGAGCAAUGGGGCUGGCGAUCUAGGUCAUAGAAUUAUAAAAGUAACAAAAAAUAUGUUUGUUUCAGUUUUAUAAGUAAGCUGUCUGUUGUACUGAACUGUUACAUUGCAUUCAAAUCGUUGAUUAAUUAUUACUGUACAUUUCGCUUGGGUUCCCUAUAGUAAAUGUUGUAUUAGAAUUAACGGUUGCAUUAUUAUUUUUUGAAAAUAUCAAUUUUAAAUCCACUGUCCAAUAUUCCUCAGUCCACACCUUUCAAUAUUUUGCCGAGGAGCUCAUUUCCGGUUCGCUGGAUCAUUUCCGGUCCCGCGAUCGUUUGGGGCCCGGGGCUCCUGCCGGGAUGGUUUGCAGAGUCAUUCUCCGCCAAUCUUCAUAUAACCCGGAUAUAAAUAUGGCAAUCACUCUUGUUCUUAGCGGUAUUUUCGUUUCGCUCUCUUGCUUCCUUAAAGUGACGCUUGGAGAAGAGAUAGCAGGAGGUUUGUUUUCAUGUCAAUGAUUCUUUUAUGUAUUCUUGUUGGUUUAUUUCCAUGAACGCUUAUGCUUUUGUUUGUGCGGCAUAUGGGAAAUCAAAACAAGGAUUGCGAAAACCCUAAAGUCUAAAAACAGAGGAGACGCUGUGCCCUCUUUUCUAAUGCAUUUCUUCAUGUAUUUGUUAGUGUGCAGUGUGUUUGUGAGUGUCGGGUUCGUUGUGAUCUGUUUAUUGCGGUUCAUUGGGAAGA